AUGCAUUCAAGUCCGACUAUCAUGAAACACCAUACAGAUCUCAACGGCCUACGAGCUGCAGCGGCAGCUUUUCUAUUUGUACAAGGUGCCAGCGCUGGCAAGAUUUACUGUGCCGACGUACAAGAGAAAGUUGUAGCCGAAGCCAACUGCGACGGCCAAGCAACUCCCGGAACGUACUACAUGUUCAACAGCCAAGAAGAACACGCCAUCGGCUCGAAAGUCGACUUAAAGAACGCACAAGUAUACGACAGCGCCGACGCUUUCGAAAAGCGGCACGAACUGUUCCCGGCCGAUAUUCCAUUACAAGAAUUCGAAUCCGAUGGCUUUGGAAAACGCGCGUGUCGAGUUGGCGGUGUUGGUGGAGGCUAUCGCGGUGGUGUAUUCGUGCCAUACUACGGCGGUCGGGUAAUUAGCGGGGGGGUUGGUGGUUGA